CUUGUCACACAGAGGACAGACUGCAUUCACAAUCGGGACACAGGGACACAAAGAGAAGAACUGCAUUUUAAAAGGAUCCAUUCUUUCCCCGCUACCGCUGGGUGUUGACUGUGGGUGUUUAAGAGGAUCUUUGUUGCCCGGAGAAAAGUAGAGAAGAAGAAUACGCGCUGUGAACGGGUUUGGGGUAUUUUUUAUGCACAAGGUUACUACGGUGCAGCCCAUGCUUUUAUGCACACCACAUCUGUCUGUUUUCCCGGAGCGACCAGUCUUGUUUUGGAUGAGGAUCGGAACUUUUACGCAUUGUUUUACGCGCUGAUUGUACGAGUAUCGACUGGACAGCACACUGUCAUAAUGAACUUUAUCUCCCCGGUACCUGCGGGGUAGCGGUUUUAACCAGAUCAUUAACUCCAAGAAGACGUUUUUUUUGUGGAUAUCUUCCUAAAGGAUGCCAGUUGAUAAACUCGCAAAUAUGGAGGAAAAACUCUGGAUAUUGGAGGACCUCAAUAUGAUGUACAUCCGUCAGAUUGCACUAAGUUUACAGGACAGCGACAUCCAGAAGAAGAUUGACCAUGAGAUCCGGAUGCGCGAUGGGGCCUGCAAGCUGCUGGCCGCCUGCUCCCAGAAAGACCAGGCGUUGGAAGCGGCAAAGAGCCUGCAGACCUGUAGCACUCGUAUCAUGGCCUACAUGUCUGAGCUGCAGAGGAUGAAAGAGGCUCAAGUCAUGCAGAAGGUCACGCGGAGGUCAUCGGAUGCAGGGCCGAUGGACGACAGACUUCCGUGCAAAGGAAAAGUGGCCAUCUCAGAUCUUCGAAUCCCUCUCAUGUGGAAAGACACCGAGUACUUCAAGAACAAAGGAGAGCUUCAUCGGUGUGCAGUGUUCUGCCUGCUGCAGCUGGGAGGAGAGAUCUUUGACACAGACAUGGUGAUAGUGGACCGGACACUCACCGAUAUUUGCUUUGACAACACCAUCGUAUUUAAUGAAGCCAGGCCAGGUUUUGAGCUGCGUGUUGAGUUGUACAGCUGCUGCUCAGAGGACGACUACUCAGCAGGAAGCACGCCAAGGAAACUAGCCAGUAAACUGAGCUCCUCGCUGGGGCGAUCAGCGGGGAAGAAGCUCCGGGCAGCCAUGGAGCCUGGACCAUGUAGUCCUGUUAGCAACGGAGGGGCAGCUCCACUUCUGCUGCCAGUCCCCUCUGUACCGGGCCCUAAGUACCACCUUUUAGCUCAUACCACCCUGUCACUGUUACACGUCCAGGACAGCUUUCGCACGCAUGACCUCACCAUCUCAGGCAACGAAGAGUGUUCUUAUUGGCUGCCACUCUAUGGCAGUAUGUGUUGCCGCCUCGCAGCUCAGCCUCACUGUAUGACCCAGCAGAUGAUGAGUGGAUGUUUAAAAGUUAAGCAGUUGGGAGGUGACCCUCAGGGUUGGACAAAAGUGUACGCUGUUUUAAAAGGAACAAGCCUUUUCUGCUACCACCGACAAGAAGAUGUGGAGGCUAAUGUUGAGCCAGCUUUCACCAUUGCCAUCAACAAGGAGACCAGAAUACGUGCGUCGGAGAAAGACCCUCACAGUAAAGUUCAGAAUAUCUGUAUUAGUAACCAGUACGGAGGAGAGGAGGUCACGCACACACUGACAGCAGACAGCCGCGAGGACACACACCAGUGGAUGGAGGCCUUUUGGCAACAUUUCUAUGACAUGAGCCAGUGGAAGCAGUGCUGUGAUGACUUAAUGAAAAUUGAACUGCCAUCACCAAGGAAACCGGCUCCUGUCACACCAAAACAGGGCUCACUCUAUCAUGAAAUGGUUAUUGAGUCAUCUGAUGACCUCAGCAGCACUGUGUCAGACAUCUUGGCUCGGAGGAUGCAGGAGCUGGAGCUCCGCAGCCAGCUGGGCACCUCCCCCACCUGGAUGUCUGUGUUUGAGGAGAACAACCUCAAAAGCGUUGGCCGCCCCCGUCCCUGUACCUCUCGCAUUUCUGGCCACAGCCCCUCCUCCCCUCAUCGACUGCCCCGGAGCCCUGUGAGCCCUCAUCGCUGCCCACAGACGGCUCUGCUGUCCUCAGAUACAAGCCUGACCUCAGACAGCGACAGCCACUGCAGCACCAGUCCCUGCUCUCACCACCGUGGCUGGCCCGAGCCUUCUUCAAACUUCUCUCUCUUGUCAUCUUCUCCUUCCCGUGUGAGGCCACGCACUCUGUCGCUGGAUGCUAAGCUCAGCACCCUUCGAGGGCGGGGGUAUGGAGGAGGUGGGACCUUCCAAUGCCCCUGCCAGCCUCCUCCUUCCUCGCUGCUCACCCCACUCCCCAUCUCCUCACGUUCACCUCAGUCACAACGCAGCACACAGACCACGCUCUCCUGUUCCAGCUCCACCUCUAGCAACAGCUCCAGCAACAGUGAGGGCAGCCACAGCCCCGAGUCAUCUGAGGGAGCCCCCUUCUCAAGGCCCUCCCCAGCUCGACGCAGCCUCAGGAACCUCAGGGCCAGACUUGAUCCUCGCAACUGGCUUCAAAGUCAGGUGUGAACUUGUCCUGCCUGACAGACAUUUUAUGCUGGCCUAAAGGCAACUGUGCUCAUUAUACCAUGGUUUAACUGGCUUAACAUAUGUGAACCAACCUCAGGCAACCUGCUAGGCCACAAGCACAGCCCUGAGGAGGAUAAGCUGCCUCUAGCCUGCCUCCUGGUGGAGGAUUGAUCAUGGAAGACCCUCCUGGGGCAAACUGGAAUGUCUUCUAACACAAAAGACAGGUGACAAUCACUGCAGGCGACUGUACUUUUCUGGGUUGCCACAAUUUUGAAGAUGGUCCAAAACUAAAUGGGAGGUACUUUGCUUACUUUGAGAAAUUAUGGCCAUGCUGCUUGGGAGAAAGUUAUCCUAUGAGCUAAGGACUUGCUCCGAUAAACACGCCACACAGGGCCCACUGUCUGUCCCUGGAAUCUAAUUCAGAAACCAGAUCAUUUUUUUGGUUUUGUCCUCUGCAUCAGCCAUCCUGGCCACUCAAACAUUGUUUCAAGGUCAUCUCUAUCAAUGCACUAGCACUAUUUCGACUGGAUGUUCAAUCCUAUCUGUAUUUUAUAAAUAAAGGUUUGCGGUGUUUAUGCUAUGAAAGCCAAUGAGCAUGUGGCAGGUCGAACAUGCAAGAUGAACAUAAGGUAUAAUCAGUUUUUUCGAAUUUUAGAAACCGUUGAGUGUGGAGGGAAGGGUUGAUGUCUGUUGCCUGUACUGUGAUCUACUUAAGUGUACGUAUCUAAUAUUAAUACAACAGAUGAUCAUCACCAUUGUGGUUCUGCUAAAAAUUACUAUGCACCAUUUAGCUUUUUUGCAUGAUUUGACUUAAAAUGUUAAACUACUUGAGAGCAUUUCAACAAUGAAUCUGGUGAAAGCUUAAUUUUAUGCAAGUGCUCAUACUUACUGUACUGGUUAUUACUGUGAUCUCUUCAGGGUAAGAAUCUGUGCUCUGGUCUUAAUUUUUACACAUUUAUCUGCACAAUAAUCGAUCCUUACAAACAGAACCCUAGAACAAACUGAAAUUAACCAAAGCAUUAUUGAAAACCCAAGCCAUACUUAUUAUUCUGCUACACUGCCUCACUGCAGUAAGAGAGUUCAUCAUAAGUGGUUCCAGAUUAUUUCCAAUAAAAUGUGAAACAUUCAUCUAUCAAAUAUUAUGCAACACUGAAACAUUUCUUAGAAAUAAUUUUAUGGUGGCUGCAUUCUAGGCAACUUUAAAUUAAACUGAGUACUUACAUGAAACCAGAGUCAACCAUUAGAUCAUGAGUGAUCAAGAGUAAAAUGGCUUGUUUGCCACCUGUUUUUGUUAUUUAUAAGUUAUUAUCAUUUAGACAACUGUUAACAGCAGUUAGUUCUUUCAUGUGAAAACAAAUCAUGCAGGAGAGUCAGUGUCUCUGUCAGUGCAGUCAAGCCUCUUCUUCUCUGUCUUUGUUGUUUACUGUGGCUUUUACUUUGGUAACAGUUUCCACCUUGGGGCUCAGAACUCGGGCAACCAUUUUUACUAAGAAUUAAAACUGUCAAAUGUUUGGACAACAGCAUUUGUUACUGUAGAUUAAUUUUUAUAAGUUAACAAAUAAACCUCCUCUAUUUGUCUUUUGUUACAUUAUUGAUUUUGUUAUAAAUGCAGCUAUAUCAAUACCUGAUUAUAAUGUUAACAGAUGAUGUGCAGAUCUUAAACUAUUUCGAACAAGUAACAUUGAAUGUUAUAACCUUGCAAGUUUCGCAGGCUUUGUGUUCUGCAUGUACGCCGUCCUAGAACGCAAACAUUAAAUGAGAAAUGUGGAAAUCUCAUGUCUAAAUAAUAUAACAUUAAUUAUAAUAAAUGUUUUUGAAUUCA